AUGAGUGCCACAGAGGACCUUCCAGAUAUCGACGAGGAAUUGUAUUCCCGCCAACUCUAUCUGCUGGGGGAUGAGGCCAUGCAGAAGAUAGCUACAGCAACGGUGCUGGUUUCUGGAAUGACGGGGCUGGGGGUCGAGAUUGCCAAGAAUGUGAUUCUUGCCGGUGUGAAACAUGUCACUCUCCAUGACGAAAAUGAUGCCCAGUGGAGUGACCUGUCCUCACAGUUCUACCUGUCAGAGAAUCAUGUGGGGCAAAACCGAGCUAAGGUUUCCCAGGAACAACUCUCCACGUUAAAUAGCAAGGCCGAGGUGAAAUUUAACACCAGUAAACUGACAGAGAACUUCUUGGCUACUUUCAAGGUUGUGGUCCUGACCAACUCAUCCUUGGAGGAACAGCUGGAUAUCAGUGAUUUCUGCCAUGCCAACCAAAUUUGCUUUCUCCUAGCUAACACAAAGGGCCUGGCUGGACAGGUUUUCUGUGACUUUGGAGAAAACUUUGUGGUGUAUGAUCCUUCAGAAGCUGAGCCUACAUCUGCUGCCAUUAAACACAUCACCUUGGGUAAUCCUGGUCUCUUGACUGUGGUCCAUGAUGAUGACCAGGAACAUGGCUUCAUGGAUGGUGACUGGGUGAUGUUCUCUGAGAUUGAGGGGAUGACACAACUGAAUGGUUCUAAGUCUAAGAUUUGUGUGAAAGGAAACACCCUGGAAAUUGAAGACACGUCUUCCUUUUCUCCCUACCAGCGUGGUGGGAUCAUCAGUCAGGUCAAGAUGCCUCAAAAACAUUCCUAUGAAUCUCUGCGAGCCUGCAUGGAUAAUCCCAAGAUCAACACCCAAGAUAGAAAUAAAUUGUUUCGUUAUCGUACUCUUCAUGCAGCCUUCCAGGCACUUCACACAUUCCAGAAAAAAAUUGGUCGACUUCCUAGGCCUCAGAAUCGGGCAGAUGCAGAUAUGUUAAUAGAGCUGGUGAGGACCCCAGCUAUGGAUGCUAUGGAUCAGGAACAAGAGAAUCUGAUACGGACGUUUGCAUAUGGAUGUAUGGGGGAUCUGAGCCCUAUGAAUAGCCUUAUUGGAGGCCUUGCUGCCCAAGAAGUCCUAAAGGCUGUCUCGGGGAAGUUCACCCCUUUGGAGCAGUGGCUGUACUUUGAUGCCUAUGAAUGCCUGCCUGAAGGGGAGCAGCUGACAGAGACAAACUGUGCCCCAUGUGCUAGUCGCUACGAUGGGCAGAUUGCUGUCUUUGGGGCUGACUUCCAAAAACGACUUGGGAAGCAGAAGUAUUUCCUGGUAGGAGCAGGUGCGAUUGGCUGUGAACUCUUGAAGAAUUUUGCAAUGAUUGGCUUGGCUGCUGGCGAGGGUGGGAAGAUCACUGUGACAGACAUGGACAUCAUUGAAAAGUCCAACCUGCACAGGCAGUUCCUAUUUCGACUACAAGAUGUAUUUAAGCAGAAGUCAGAAGUGGCUGCAAAUGCCAUAAGACUUAUGAAUCCCAAUAUCAAUAUAAUAGCUCAGCAGAAUCAGGUUGGCCCUGACACAGAACACUUCUAUGGGGAUGACUUCUUCCUGGAUUUGGAUGGUGUAGCCAGUGCCCUGGACAGCUUUCAAGCCAGAAACUAUGUGGGUGAAAGAUGUGUGCGCUACCUCAAACCUCUGCUCGAUUCUGGGACCCAUGGCACCAAGGGACACACCCUGGUCUUUGUGCCUCACCUGACAAAGACACAUGGACAAAUUCAGGAUGGGGACAGAACAGAGUUCCCUCUCUGCACUCUGCGCUAUUUCCCCAGCAACAUCGAGCACACCAUUCAGUGGGCCCGAAAUCAAUUUGAGGAACUUUUCAAAAAAAGAGCAGAAGAUACUAAUACAUUUCUGAGGGAUCGCACCUGCCUUGAGAAAGAAGGCAUGGAAGCUUUGGAGAUGCUGAAACUAGUGAAGAUGAGUCUUCGGGAGCAGCCACACUGCUGGCAAGACUGCGUGGUCUGGGCCCGGAGACUUUGGGAGCGUCUUUUCUGUCAUGACAUCCUGCAGCUGCUGUACAACCUUCCACCUGGAUAUGAGACAAGCUCUGGACUUCCAUGCCCCCACCAACUCCAGUUUGACUACAGCAAUCCCACCCACGAGGCCUUCAUUGUGAUUGCCAGUCGCCUCUUUGCCAAGACACACGGGCUGCUUGUUCAUGAAGAUAAAGCUAUUACCUUCCAAGUCCUCCGUGAUAUGCAUCUCCCAUCCUUCCAACCAUGUCAAGGGAUGAAAAUCCCUGUUACUGAUGAAGAUAUUUCAACACUACCAAGUGCUACUGAUCAGUCAGCGCUGGUACAACUGAAGCAAGAAUUGGGAAAGUUAAGAGAGGAGCUUGAAAAAGACAAUGCCCUCUUACCUGGUCAUAUGGAGCCACUUCAGUUUGGCAAGGAUAAUGACUCCCAUUUGAGUUUCAUCACGCAUGCAGCCAAUCUGCGAGCUGAGAACUAUGGCAUCUCUCCAGUGGAUAAGUUCCAGGCCAAGAGGAUUGUGGGCCGGAUUGUACCUGCUAUUGCCACAACAACAGCUGCUGUAGCUGGCCUGACCUGCCUGGAGCUUUACAAACUAGUGUGGCAGCACAAGGAUCUCAGUUCCUAUCGCCAUGACUUCCUCCAGCUCUCUCAGCCUUUCCUCAGUCGCUCCCAGCCUGUGCCAUGUCCACAAGUGUACAAGUAUCGGCAGAAGACAUGGAGCUGCUGGGACAGAAUUACUGUGCCUGGUUUUAAUUCCAAAGGAGAAGUUGUUACCUUGAGAGACUUCUGUGAUCAUAUCCAGAGGGAGCAUGAUCUUGUGCCUCGGAAGUUGCUGUUUGGGAAAGCCACCCUCUAUAAUAAGGAAGAGCAGACCGUAGAGCAACAACCUCCUGUCUGCCUGACAGAAUUGAUUCACAAAAUCACUGGAAAGUCAAUCCCCAAGGAGUGUCAUCUUUUGGAAUUGUCAAUGAUCUGUGAAAAUGAAGAACUUGAUGAUGAUUUACCACCUGUCCAUAUCAUGCUUCAACCAACGAGUCGUCAAAAAUAAGUAACUUUGUGUAACAGAUCAGAAGGGAAGCAAUCUCGCUAAAUCAGACAGAAGCACUGAAAGUGACUGGUCUAAACUCAAAUUAAUGCAAGAAUGUGCUUUGAUGAACGGAUGAAGGUGAUGUGUCCUCUCCAAUGCAUCAGCUUAAAUAUGCCUGCAGAAGUCAUCCUAUCCUUGAUAAUUUAUUGGAAAUGAAUAUGAAGUGCAAUCUACCAAGCUUCUUUUGUUGUACCCUGUCUUGUUAUGGUCCUAUAUCAGUUGGGUGUGUGACAACAUUACAUUAAACUGUUUUGCUUUGCCAGAAAGUUUAUUGAACUG